AUGGAUGAAAUUAAAUUAAGUGAUGUUGUAAUUGAACAAAUAAAAGACUUCGACUAUUGGGAAUUGACUGAAGAACAAGAAUCGUUAAUUGAUAAACUAAUAACAGACAAAGAAUUAAAAGAACGUUAUAAAAAUUAUGGUUUAUGUAAAGAAUGUAAGCGGUCUAAUACUGAUUAUGAUAGAUAUUGUCAAUUUUGUAAUUCUAAACAUUUUCAACAAAAUUUCAAAAAUUGGACAAGUGGAAAUCAUGACGUUGAUGAAUUUAUUCAAAAAGCACAAUUAAAAGCUAAAAAUUUUGGUCAAGCCAUAGAAUGGAUUAAAUAUGAUAAAUUUAAAGAUGUUGAAUAUUUAGCAAAAGGGGGAUUUGGAACUACUUUUGAAGCAGUUUGGAAAGAUGGCCCUUGGCAUGGGUAUCUUGAUGAAUUGGAAAGGGAAGGCGCAACAGAAGUCGCUUUAAAGUGCUUACACAAUUCCCAAGAUAUUACAGCAGAUUUUUUAAAAGAAAUUGAAUCAAAUAUUUUAAUAUCUGAUUAUACUGGUGUAGUUCGUUGUUUUGGUAUUACUAAAGAUCCAAAAACAAAUAAUUUUAUGAUGGUAAUGGAAUUAAAAAAUGGUAGUUUAAGACAACAUUUAAAUAACAACUUCAUUUCGCUGAGUUGGAGACAAAAGUUGCGGAGUUUAAGUUUUAUUACAUGUGGCCUUAUAUGUAUUCAUAAUAAAGGAUUAAUUCAUCAUGAUUUUCAUUGUGGGAAUAUAUUAAUCUAUUUUUAUUUUUUUGCUUUUGUUACUGAUUUUGGAUUAUGUCAACCUGCUAAUGUCAAAUCCUCUCAAAAUAGUAAUAAAAAAAUAUAUGGAGUAUUACCUUAUGUAGCUCCAGAAGUUUUAAGAGGAAAAGAAUAUUCUCAAAAAAGUGACAUUUAUGGAUUGGGAAUCAUUGCAUAUGAAUUUUGUACAGGUUUCCCUCCUUAUCAUGAUAUAGCUCAUGAUGAAUUCUUAGCUAUGAAAAUUUGUCAGGGAUUGAGACCAAAAAGUGAUUAUAAAAUUCCUCAACUAGUUGUUGAUGUAAUUAAUCAAUGUUGGGAUGCAGACCCUUUAAAACGACCUAAUGCAGAUGAAUUAAUAAAUUUAUUUCAUGAAUUAUAUAUUAAGCUUAAUAAUAGUGAAGUGGAUUCUGUAAUUUAUAGACAAGUUAAAGAAGCAGAUGAAAUUAACAAAAAGUCAUCUUCAACAUUUCAGUCACCAUUAUCAUCUACUAGUACACUCUCAUAUAUAACACAUCCUCAAGCAGUUUACACAAGUAGACUUUUAGAUUUUAAAAAUCUUCCAGAACCUGAAAAUGCAGACAAAAAUGAUGAUCUAGAAUAUUCAGAUUCUCUAAAAAUGGAUUUUACUAAACUUGAUAUUAAUUCUAAAGAUGAAAGUAAUUAAUGAUUACUUUAAAGGUAUCAUAUCUACUAUGUUUAUUAUAGUCUAGAUUGGAGUCCUGUACAAAGUCUAUUUUUUGAAAUCCGGCCUAGUCCGGUCUAGAUCCCAACCAGAAUCUCAUUAUUAUGGUACCUUUGAGGAAAAAAAUUAUUUGUUAAAAAAAAAUAAUAAUCUUCACAUUUAUUUGUUAAAAAACUUUUAUAU